GGUAAGAGAAGCUGCUAGAAGACGUCUAGUCAGCGUUCAGUCCUGCAAAACCAAGCACCGACUCUCACUCUAAGCACAGCAAGUUCCCCCAAAUCAUCACAAAAUCAUCAAAAACCCAUUUUUGACCGAUUGAUUGAUUGGUUUGAUAGCAGAGUAGAGCAAAGCCGGAGGAGAAAACAUGGACGCGGCGAAGUUGGAAGAAUUGGAGAAAUUCAUAGAUCAAUGCAAAGCAAACCCUUCCAUUCUCUCCGACCCCUCCCUCUCCUUUUUCCGCGACUACAUCGAAAGCCUUGGGGGAAAGCUUCCACCAUCUGCUUACAAGGCUGGAGAGUAUAAGGCGAAGUCUCAUGUGGCCGAGGAUCUUGAUGAGGAUAUGGAUGAUGUUGAGGAUGAGGAUCACUCAAAGGUGGGUGCUGAUGAAGAAGAGGAGCCUGAGAUAAUCGAAUCUGAUGUUGAGCUUGAUGACACUGAAGUUGUGGAGCCUGAUAAUGAUCCUCCGCAACAGAUGGGAGACCCUUCGGUUGAGGUUAGUGAAGAAAGUCGUGAUGCUUCUCAAGAGGCAAAGGCUCAGGCAAUGGAGGCAAUUUCUGAAGGAAAGCUGGAAGAUGCAAUUGAGCAGCUUACAAAAGCAAUCUCACUCAAUCCUACAUCCGCAAUCAUGUAUGCUACCAGAGCUACCGUGUAUAUCAAAAUGAAGAAACCAAAUGCUGCGGUCAGAGAUGCCAAUGCAGCUCUGGAGAUUAACCCUGAUUCUGCUAAAGGGUACAAAUCCCGUGGCAUCGCACGAGCAAUGCUUGGCCAGUGGGGGGAGGCUGCCAAGGAUCUUCACGUAGCUUCUAAGCUGGAUUACGAUGAAGAGAUCAGUGCUGUACUGAAGAAGGUUGAGCCUAAUGCUCACAAGAUUGAGGAGCACCGUAGGAAAUAUGAAAGGCUUCGCAAAGAAAGGCAAGAUAGAAAGAUAGAACGAGAGAGACAGCGUCGCAAGGCUGAAGCUCAGGCUGCUUAUGAAAAGGCUAAGAAGCAAGAGAAGUCAUCAUCAAGUGGAAGACCUGGAGGCAUGCCAGGUGGGUUCCCGGGUGGGAUGCCUGGUGGUUUCCCUGGAGGCAGCAUGCCUGGUGGUUUCCCUGGAGGCAUGCCUGGUGGUUUUCCUGGGGGCAUGCCUGGAGGGAUGCCUGGGAAUGUUGACUACAGCAAGAUAUUGAAUGAUCCUGAACUAAUGGCAGCAUUCAAAGAUCCAGAAGUCAUGGCUGCUCUCCAAGAUGUGAUGAAGAAUCCUGCCAAUUUGGCCCAGCAUCAAAAUAAUCCAAAGGUAGCUCCCAUCAUUACAAAAAUGAUGAGUAAAUUUGCGGGACCAAAGUAGAUUCCUGGACUAGUGUAUUAUCUGGUUUUCCACACUCGGACAUCCAGGGUGUCACGCGGUAUCCAAGCUGAAAGUCAGUGUGCAUCUUUGCUUUCCAUGUAUUGCAAUAUGUCUUUACUGCAGCAGGAGUUGAGGUUUUCAUUUUAUACACUAUUUAUGUUGGAAAGUUUAAAAUUUUAAAUCUCCCAUAAUGAAGAUUAUCAAUUGAUGGGAAUGCUGCUCAGUCUUUUUGAAGAACAGUUGGCCGGUUUGUGUGGUAGAUUGUUGGUUAUACGUAGCUAAAAUCUAUUCCCUCGUGCUUUUCUUU